UGAGCGCCUAGGUGUGACAUAGAAUUUACAUCGAUGAUGACCAGUUGACCACCCUGAAAUAAAAUCAAAUUUGUAUAUAUAGAUUUUUAAUAUAAUUCAAGCUCAAGAAAAGUAGAGUACCCACGACUGAACAACACGCUUUACCCAUUCCCUUUCCCUUGUGAGAAAACUGAGAAAAGAUCCCAGUGUUGCGUAAAAACUCCCCACAAAGAGAGAGAGAGAGAGCAGCACCAAUCCUCAUGGCGAACAGCAAUUUACCGCGCAGAAUCAUCAAGGAAACCCAGCGUCUUCUCAGCGAACCAGCCCCAGGAAUAAGUGCCUCACCUUCAGAAGAAAAUAUGCGGUAUUUCAAUGUAAUGAUUCUUGGUCCGACACAAUCUCCUUAUGAAGGAGGUGUUUUUAAGCUGGAGUUAUUUCUACCUGAAGAAUACCCAAUGGCUGCCCCAAAGGUGCGCUUCCUAACAAAAAUCUACCAUCCAAAUAUCGACAAGCUUGGAAGAAUAUGCCUGGACAUUCUAAAAGACAAAUGGAGUCCCGCACUUCAGAUUAGAACUGUCCUUUUGAGCAUUCAAGCACUUUUGAGUGCUCCAAAUCCUGAUGAUCCACUCUCGGAAAACAUUGCAAAGCAUUGGAAAACAAAUGAGGCUGAAGCUGUGGAAACAGCUAAAGAAUGGACACGUUUAUAUGCAAGUGGUGCAUGAAGUAACCAUGGAAAACACAGGAUUCCCAAGAAAUAACCCAAUUGUAUCCUAUUGACCUGAAUUAGAAUGGAAAAUUUGAAGAACGAUCGUGCUCAAAACUCAAGAAUUUAAUACUUGUUUGCCGUUCUAAACUGUUGCUCAAAAUGUAAGAUGAAUUGUGAGAUGCUUAUGUUACAUAGUGUGAUCCAUGAGAUUUUGAACAGUC